UGUUGUACAUUUAUAAGUGUGGCGUGAAAUAGCUUACUUACUUUUUUAUCGAAUUCUCAUCAUUUAGUAAUAAUGUUCAUGUGAAUAUAGACUAGCCGCAUCAACACUUAACUUUCGAUGCAUUAGUGUAUUAUUUAUCUUGAAUAAACGUUGGAUUAAUUAGUACAAAGAGUUAAAAGUCGUCUUUAUCCUUGUACCUACUUUUUGCUGUGCUGGGAUCCUCCCUUGCAUUAUUUAUAAGAUAUGAGUAGCAGACUAGACCGCUUGUUUAUCUUGCUGGAGAGCAGCAGCAGUGCUGUCACCCGCAAAGCAGCAGCCAGUCAGCUUGGAGAUGUAGUAAAGGGCUACACCAGCGAGUCCAAGGAACUUCGUGCUCUCCUGGAGCGACUUGUGCUGCUAGUUCUCUCCAAAAGCUGGGACACGAGAGUGGCUGCUGGAACUGCCCUGGGCUGUGUGCUAACCAAUAUACCUCCAUGGGAACCUCAGCCAUCAAUUAAAGAGAAUGCAACAUAUACGGGUGACUGGAGCAUCAUCUGUUCAGAUGGUGUCACUCUUGUGCAGACGGUGCUCGAGUGUGGACAUCAGCUCAUGGCUCAUGAUGAGAUCCCUCAAAAUGAAAUUGCUCACAAUACAGAAGAUGCAGCAACUCGACUGCAGAAGGAGCGUUCUGUGCUCAAUAAGAAGCUUGGCUUGGAUGUAGCAGCGUCUCUUGGUCUCGACACCAGCAACAUCAUCACCAACGAUGACCUCUUAGGGGUACCUAGCUGCACUGCAUUGGAUGCUGAAGUGAAGGAGAUGCCAAGAGAUCUGCUGUCGCACGUGCCCGCUCUCAACCCCUGCAGCCUGCGAGGGAAGCGCGGCGCACCUCAGCCUCUGGAUGAUUGUAAGAGGGUGAAAUUACAGGCUGAAAAUACACCUGAUGUCACGGAAGAAGAUGAAUGGCCUUUGUGUUGGCUAAGCAAACGCCUGCUGGAGGAGAUGUUCAACGGGUGCUGGGAGACGCGCCACGGCGCUGCCACUGCCCUCAGAGAGCUCCUUGCCAAGCAUGGUGGCUGUGGGGGCAAGAUGAACAAGUUGUCUGCAGUGCAGAUGGAGAGCCGUCACCAGUGGUGGGUGUGGGGCGUGUGCUACAGGCUGGUGUGUGUGCUCGCCCUCGACACCUUCGGGGACUACCUGGGUGACCAGGUCGUCGCUCCCGUCAGGGAGACCAUCGCUCAAGCUUUAGGUGUUGCGUGUAUACAGCUGCAGCAGCAGUACGUGGUAUACGUGGUGAAGCUGCUAAAAGUUUUGCUAUUGUGGCAAUCUAACUGGACGGUGCGGCACGGUGGGCUGCUCGGCCUCAAAUACCUCCUUGCUGCUCGCGUGGACAUGCGUAGUUCUCUUCUCACACAUGCAUACUCGCACAUCUAUGCAGGUCUGAAGGACGCGGCAGACGAAGUAGUUGGGGUGGCAGCAGAGUGUCUGAAAGUGUGUUGCGACCCGCGCAACUCCAGCUCCACUGCCGCACCCGCUUUCAGAAGAUAUUCAUCAUUCACGCUCGACAAAUGUGGUGACCAAGCAUCUGGAAAACUAUCUAGAAAUGAAAAGGUUAUAGCGGCUGCAAAGCGUUUGACUGACCGAGGAACGUUGGUUGAUGCAGGAGCUAACGUGAGGUCGUCUCUAGUUGACUGGCUAUCAGAACCUCAACUGCAGGAGCUGCUAACGACAGUCUGGCAGUCCCUGCUGCACGUCGACGACCUCUCCGCCUUCACGCCUGCGCUCCUCUUGCUCUUGGCUAACCUAAUGCAGCACAAGGCUUCCCUUCACGCUCUGGAGGAGGGCAGACUGCGCGAGUUGGUGCCGCGGUUGUUCCCUCUGAUGUACCACGCGAGCAGCAGCGUGCGUCGCUCUGCCCUCACCACGCUGCUCGCCCUCACUCUCCCUCAACCGACCACUCACGCUCCUCUAGUCUCUCACAAACCUAAACAUCAAAAUCUGCCAUCUGAAGUCAAGCUCAAUCAAUUCGAUGAGAUCUCAAGCACCAUAACAGAAAUCCCAUCAUCCUCUCAGCCAUGCAGUUCUGCCAGUAGUUCAACCUCGCCUAGUUUAGAAGUGAAGUGCGAGUCUAGUCGUAGUAGCGUUAAUUUUGAAGUACAAAGCUGUGAACUCUCAGGAACUGCCAAACCUUCAACUGCUUCCAUCACUUCUUGUGAAGCAAGUCCUGCACUUGGGAGAGAACCUCAGGUUAUCGUCACUUCUACUGGUGAAGAAUUGACGCCGAGUGAGCAUCUUUUUCAGCAGUGGUGUGAACCAAUUCUUUCCCCGCUACUACGUCAUCUUUUCCAGCGGUCUUUGUUGGAAACUUGUUUGAAGAAUUUAAAGCUACUUGAGCAGGUAUGGCAGCAAGUGUUGCGUCGAUGUUCUCUGAACGCUGUGCUGGUGAGCGCCUGUCCAAUGGUGUCAUUGUGGCUCUCUCUCGCCGCCACGCCUGGUGCCGUGCCCCUCGACUCAUCUCUCCUCUUGCUCUCUGUUUCAACGGCGAGCACUGAAGGCAAGUUGUGUCGGGAGGCAGGAACGGGCGAUGUUACCAGCAUCCCUUCCUUGCCGUGCUUCGUGGGAGGCAGUCAGCAUUGCAAGAAAGAGCAGCUGGCUCAGUGCAAGACUUACUCAACCAGACUACUCGGCGAGCUCUCAGUGUACGUUAGUGAACCCAUGCGUGGCGUAGCAUACAGCAGCAUUGACGAGCCCCUGAAGUGUUACACGCGCCUUCUGCUGUCCCAACUCGCGUCUCGCUCUGCCUACCUCCGCACCAACGCAGCCUCCGUCGCUAGGGACUGGGCACUAGCACACACCCGCCACCACCACGAGCGCCGGCUGCAGUCGUCUGGGUCAAGCAAAGAGUCUUCCUCCGAGCCACCUCAGAGCGCUGUCAAUUCCACGACGUCAUUUUCUUUCUGUGAUAGUCACCAGUUUAUUGCAUUUGCGACGCCUCAGAAAAUAUCGUCUGUUCUACCCGAGCCUGCCGCUAACACCGGUGCUUCUGCGGGCCUGAGCAAGAAUGUCAGUGAAAGCAUGGCCAGUCCUAAUGGUCUUGAUAGCGUCAAGACAAAUUCUGCCAGUAGUGCUUCUGAGCUUGAUAGCAACCAAGCGAUAGGUAUUGUUUCUGGGAGUAAUGACUGUGGCAAUGAGGCCGACGGAAGUGCAACCUGCAGAACAUCGGUUAUGCAAGAGCUUUAUGAUGCACUUCUCAACUGCCUGUCAGAGCCACUAUAUUAUGACGAGAUCGCUGUCGCUUUCACCAAGCUCCAGCACGACGUCCGGGACUUCUUAUCCCUGAUGCGGCAUUACGGCUUGCGGGUGGCAGAUGAGCUCAUCCUCGCCCCGGUCUACACUCUGGAUCAGAUGGGUGAGGCGGUGCUCGGCCAGUGGGUGCAGGAAGAGCUGCAGUCGUCCAAGCUGCGUGUGAAGGUCCGUGACAUGUUGGAGACGCGACGCCGCACCGUGCAGUCUUCUCUCGCCUCCACCACAUCCAUCCAGGAGGCCCAUGUGCUCGCAGUCCGAGGGAAGGCUGCCGGCGCGCUGGUGUGUAUGGGGCUCGUGCCUGCCAAGCUCAAUCCUGUGGUGAAGCCGCUCAUGGACGUCAUCAAAUACCAGGACAAUGAGGAACUGCAGAGCAACGCUGGCAGGGACCUGAGUGUGCUGCUCGAGUUUUGUGCACUGAGGGAGAGGACGAAUGCCAAGGUGGUGAAAAAUCUCACGUCCUACUACUGUGUUGAUACCGCCCACACGCCAAACAUUGCGCAUCUUGCCGAGGUGCGCCCACACGACGACAAGUUUGAUGGAGUCUUCUUCAUUAAGAGCCAACACGAGGAAUCAGUCGAUGUCAAUGCCACUCCGGCGGUGGCUGAAGCCGCCCCGCAGCAGCAGGGCGACGGUGGUAAUAGCGUCGUGAAGCGCCGGAGAGGGCGUCCGCCCGCCAACCCCAAGCCUGAAAUCACCACUCCUGCUGCUACUGAACCUGCUGCUCAUGCCAACAGUACUAAACGCUCGGAAGCGGAGUUGGCUAAAAUAUUCAUACAAAGAAGAGGCUGCGGUCUUGCAAUACAACAUUUGGUUCGUGGUUUUGGUUCAUCACUUCCUGAGCGGUUACCAGUGCUUUGGGGGACGAUCUACAAGCCACUCGUGACUCCUGAUUCUCUGCACAAACCCAUCGUCAGCCAGGCUGGAAAGUCGGAUGUCUCUUCUCUGCCAAUAGAUGCUAGGAAAAAGAAAACAGUCCCUGCGUCAUCACCUUUAGCACAUUGUCCUUUCUCUGUUGCUAAUAUCCUCAGCCGCAACGAUGUCCCCAACAACAGUACCCUCAAUCCCGGCCAAGCCACCACCUCUGACGGCCCCAAUCGCCAUGAAAGGAACUGCUCCUCUCCGAACGGCGACGUCAAGGCUCAGGACAUCAUAAACUGGCUGCAGCUGCUGGAGGUCGUCAUCCCCGAUCUCGUGCCGGAACUGCUGGACCAGAUAUGCGAUCAUCUUGGGUCUCUGGAGCUGCUGUUGUAUCACCGCUACUGCGCCGUGCGCCACAUGGCAGCUCGGGCGCUCUCAUGUCUAGUGAGUGUGCGGCCUUUGUCCGUGAUGGUGUACCUCCUGGAACAUCUGCUGCCUGCUCUUAGUGAUGUACACAGCAUCGUCAGGAGACAGGGAGCUGUCGAGUGCUUCUACAUGAUCGUCAAGAAGCUCGACUUGGACAUCCUGCCUUAUGUUGUUCUUCUUCUUGUACCUCUGCUCGGCAGCAGCAGCGACUCGGACAAGAGCGUGCGUGCUGCUGGCAGUGAAGUGUUUGCGUCGCUGGUGCGGCUGCUGCCACUGGACGGAUGUGUACCUGAUCCGCCUGACAUGCCGGAGCAUCUUUGCCAGCAGCGCCUCCACCACCGCGAGUUCCUGAAGCAACUUAUGGAUGGCAAGAGAGCUCACCACUACCCUCUACCUGUGCGCGUUAGUUGCGAGCUGCGCCAAUAUCAGCAGGCUGGUGUAAACUGGCUGGCAUUUCUACGUGACUUCGGCGUGCACGGCAUCUUGUGUGAUGACAUGGGACUGGGCAAGACCCUCCAGACCAUCUGCAUCCUUGCCGCCACCCACCAUGAGCACCGCACGCGGCAACAGGCUUGUGGUGAGAGCUACAAGCCUUUACUGCAAUCCUUGGUGGUUUGUCCCCCCACCCUCAGCGGUCACUGGGUCUAUGAGGUGAAGAAGUUUGUUACUGACGAUCUGAUCAAGCCUCUCAACUUCACCGGCGUGCCUGCUGAACGGAUCAAGUUGCGCGAGAAGUUCUCCUCCCACAACUUGGUGGUGGCGUCUUACGAUAUUGUUCGCAACGACAUAGAAUUUUUCUCCACCUUCCAAUGGCUCUACAUUGUCCUAGAUGAAGGACAUAUCAUAAAGAACACGAAAACAAAAGCAUACCAAGCAAUCAAACGCCUGACAGGUCGCCACCGCCUCAUCUUGUCCGGGACGCCCAUACAGAACAACGUUUUGGAACUCUGGUCUCUCUUCGACUUCCUCAUGCCUGGCUAUCUCGGAACCGAACGCCAGUUCACUUUAAAGUACGUUCGCCCCAUCCUGGCAUCUCGCGACGUGAAAGCGUCGCUCAGCGAGCAAGAAGCGGGCGUGGUAGCCAUGGAGGCGCUGCACAGGCAAGCGCUGCCUUUUAUGAUGCGCCGACUGAAGGAGGACGUACUGCAGGAACUGCCACCCAAGAUCAUGCAAGACUACUACUGUGAACUGAGCUCCGUGCAGAGAGUCCUUUAUGAAGACUUCGUUAACUCCCAGGGUGAAGAUUUCCAAGAUGAUCACGUGCCCAAAACCCACGUCUUCCAGGCCCUUCAAUAUUUGCGCCUUGUGUGCAACCAUCCCGCGCUGGUUCUGCGACCACAACACCCUCGCUAUGCGGCACUGCUCAAGCGCGUGGGCGUAACUCCUUCCCAGCUACACAAUAUUUCCUUUGCUGCUAAGCUUCCUGCUCUCAAGGAGCUGUUGCUGGAGUGCGGAAUCGGAACGUCUAACAGUAGCUGUAACUCGACUCCUGCUGUGGACGUGAGCUGCGUGAUAGCUCCCCACCGAGCUCUCAUCUUCUGCCAGCUUCGCAAUAUGCUCGAUAUUAUUGAAAACGAUCUGUUUAAGAUACAUAUGCCCAGCGUGACGUACGUGCGGCUGGACGGGUCUGUACCAGCAGGGCUGCGCCACGGUCUGGUGCAGCGCUUCAAUGAAGACCCUUCCAUAGACGUCAUGUUGCUCACCACUCAAGUCGGCGGGCUCGGCCUCAACCUCACUGCUGCUGACACCGUAAUAUUCGUGGAACACGACUGGAACCCCAUGACGGACCUGCAGGCAAUGGAUCGUGCGCACAGGAUAGGCCAAAAGAGGGUCGUCACUGUGUACCGACUCAUCACCCGCAACACAUUGGAAGAGAAAAUAAUGGGGCUGCAAAAAUUCAAAAUGAUGACCGCUAACACCAUCAUCAGCCAUGACAACGCCAACAUCACCAGCAUGGGAACUGAACAGAUUUUGGACCUCUUUUCAUUGGAAAAUUCGAAUAAGAAGAAGGAGUGUGCUAGCGGAGACCAAGCCAUCGAGAUGCUGGGGACCGGAGCCCCCAAAGCUGUGAUUGAGAGCCUGCCUGAACUGUGGGAGCACUCACAGUAUCACGACGAGUACGACCUCGACAAGUUCUUGGCAGGCAUUGUCAGAUGACAAGCUUGCCAAAAAGUGUCUCUCAAAACUUAAACCUUUAGUCUUAAUUCGCGCUGUUAAGUACACUAGCUUUACGACCGUUAAAUGUACCAUCGCUAUUUCUUGGCAGGCAUUGUCAGAUGACAAAUCUCUGAAACUUUAGUCUCAAUUCGCGCGGAGUGCAAGUUGUUCUAUUCAUUUUGAAACCUAGACGUUUAUAUUACUGCGACCGAUUCUUGUUUCUUUUUACCUUUUUUAAUCCAAGUUCAAAUUAAUUUUUAGAAGGUGUGGAAAUGAACUCAAGGCUUGUUUUUCCAGGAGCUGCGUGGUAGCUCCCCAUCCCGCGGUUUGUUUUUCUUAAAGCUUUUUUUUUUUUGAUAUGUAUAUAUAUGUGU